AUGGCCUCGACUGGGGAACCGGAGCCGGAUUCGCUGUAUGCGCAUGAGACCAGAGAGGAGAAUAUUCCAUGGUGGCAAAGAAAUUUCCUCCUCAAUCAACCGGUACUAUUUGGAACAUGGGACGGUGUAUUCACUACGGUGAUGGUGAAUAUUUUUGGAAUUAUCGUAUUUCUACGAAUGGGUUGGAUUGUGGGAACAGCUGGAGUUGCAAAUGCAAUCUUAUUACUGGCUAUUUGCACUGCUCUAGCAAUGAUUACCGUAUUUUCGGCUAUUGGAAUCGUCGAACGUUGCCAAAUCCAGAGCGGCGGCAUCUAUUUUCUCGUUUCACAUGUGCUUGGAGGUCGAUUGGGCGGAGCUGUCGGGCUUAUUUAUGCCCUUGGGCAGGCAGUCGCUACCGGCUUAGUAGCUGUCGGUUUUGCCGAAUCCGUUGCUCAUCUAUUCGAUUCCGAGAGUCGUGUAUUCACUAAAGUGAUCGCCAUUGCUACGCUCUUGCUGCUAACUGUAAUUAACACAGCCGGAGUGUCAUGGGUGGUUCGAUUGCAACUGCUUUUGCUCGGAUUCUUGGCGCUAGCUGUGCUUGAUUUUCUUCUUGGAGCGCUCUUCACAUCGGAUCCAAGUCAUGGUAUUUCACGUUUCUCAUACGCUCGACUACGAGAAAAUGCGGAUCCAUUCUAUUCGGCAGUAAACUGUACACCUAUUGGUUUCGAUCGUCUUAUUCCGAAUCAAUCAUUCUUCACCGUUUUUGGAGUGUUUUUCGCGAAUUUCCUCGGUGUUCUAGCAGGUGUUAACAUGAGUGGAGAUCUAAAGGAUCCACAUAAGAGCAUCCCACUAGGAGAACUGUCGGCGGUCGGAGUGAGCUCAAGCGUCUGUUUCCUCUUCAUCAUGAUCCUCGGAGCUACUGGUGACCGUCUAAGCCUGAUCUGCGAUAAUCUCAUUUCUGAAAAGGUUGCAUUGACUGGUUUCUUGUUCAUGAUUGGUCUGUACAUCUGCUCUUUAUCGUCAACUAUCGGCUCACUCCUUGGCACACCAAGAGUUCUUCAGGGAAUCGCUGCCGAAGGAAUUAUUCCGAUUCUUAACCCAUUGGCCCAAGGAUCUGGUCCUAACAAAAAUCCUGUCCUAGCCGGAAUAGUGUUAAUGGCGGUGGCUUCGGUAUUUGUCCUGCUUGGUGAUCUCAAUCAGCUCGCCAUACUUUCCACUAUGCCAUUCCUCAUCACCUACGCGUUUGUUAACUACGCAUACGUCUCACUUGCGAUGAGCUACGACUUAGCCACAAUAAGUCACGCCGCAGAGGACGGCACCAAAUAUGGCUCUAUGCACAAAAUUGGUGAUCUUGAUGAACUGUUCCCAGAACGACAACAGCAGCAAUGUGCUGCUACUGUUGAAGCCGGAGCAAUAGUUGGACAACCAGCCACAUGGUAUUCAAUGUUCAGCAACCGAUACAUCUCGUUUGUCGGGUUCAUGGUCAACCUGCUUAUCCUCUUUCUUAUCCACUUUUGGUUUGCCGUAGCACAUUUUGCUGCUCUCAUCAUCCUUUACUACUACAUUGGGCGUGUCUGCCCCGCGUGUACGACAGGAAUCUCAACUUUCUCGAUCCCACAUAUGUUCCGCACUGCCUUCUCCUCACUUGAAGCGAUUGGCGUCUUCAACAGAGGACCUUGUGUUUUAACGAAAGAAGGACCAUCCAAGGAUGUCCUUACUGAACAACUAAACGAAUCGAAUACAGACUAUCAAGAUCGCAAGCAGUAUCACCACGCAGAGAAUGUUACGCAAGAAUUCGACUAG